GAAACCGGGUGAUCGAAGUCAGACUUUGGCCUGACUAAACCACUACAGGAAGUAAGCCUGAAGUGGAGCGCCCAGGUAGAAGGUAAAUAUGGCCACUGAUAACACAUACACGGGGUCAACCCCCCCACCCUACAACACCAACCACUACCCUCAGUACCCCCCACACUAUGGCGAUGGAACGGAGAGGAAGGAUCGCACAACAAACAUCGCAGUGAUCUCCCCGGCGGGAAACAUGGGGGUGCCUGAGGAUCAGCCGUAUGACAUGCCACCCCCAGACUACGCUCAAGGCACUGAGGACUUUAACUGUUUCUCAGAUGCGUCAAUCAGAAGAGGUUUUCUGAGAAAGGUGUACUUUACUCUGAUGAUUCAGCUCUUGAUGACUGUGGGAAUAAUAUGUGCUUUUCUGUACUGGAAUGACCUGAAGAUGUGGACCCUUUCCACCAGUUGGUUCACGAUCUCCCUGAUGCCAGCAACGUUUGUUCUCAUCAUGGUGCUGGCAUGCUGUGGUGAAAUUCGACGGAAAGUUCCCUUGAAUUUCAUAUUCUUGGGCCUGUUUACAAUUGUAGAGGGUCUCAUGCUCGGAUCAGUUACUGUGUAUUACAAUGCUGAAGCUGUUCUUUGGGCAGUCGGAGCCACAGCAUUUGUGUCCUUUACUCUCACCCUGUUUGCCAUGCAGACCAAAUGGGACUUCACCCGCUGUGCUGGAAUGCUCUGGGUUCUACUCUGGUCUCUGUUUGCCUUUGGUAUCCUCUGUGCCAUUCUCCGCUCACAGUAUCUCAACAUUGUGUACGCUUGUCUUGGGACAACAAUCUUUUCUGUGUAUUUGGUGAUGGAUACUCAGCUGAUGUUAGGUGGUAAACACAAAUACAGCCUGGACCCAGAAGAGUACAUCUUUGCAGCUCUAAAUCUGUACCUGGACAUUGUCACUCUCUUCCUGUUGUUACUUCAGUUGAUUGGACUCUGCCGUUAGAGCGGGCCUCUGAUGCAGUGAUGUCCUGCGCCUGCUCUGUCAUACCCCAAAGAGCUUCAUGCACCAUUCUAUCCCUAAUAUUGUGUUGCACUACCAUGCAAAAUAAUGUUUUAUUUUCAACAUGUAUUUGUAUACAAGAUCAUUCCAUAUUAAUUCUGCAAUGAUAUUGGGAAGAUGUUCAGUUCUUUCUUUAAAAUCACACGUCAUUUCUGUUUAAAAUCACAUGUCAUUUCUGUUUAAAAUCACCCGUCAUUUCUGUUUAAAUUACAGUGAGUAUUUGGGGCACCUGGAAGUCAGGACUCAAAAUGUACGGCAGCUUCCACUGUUUUCUCUCAGGUUAUACAUUAAAAAGGAGAAGUGGCCCUAAUCAAUACCUAUGUGCCGGUGGCCAUUUUAAAACCAUGGGAAAUCCACGCAUGCACUGGUAGUAGAUAUAUUGUUCAGUCUAUGAGUGUUUGAUCAAUAAGUAUCAUCCUAAUAUAAAGAAAAUAAAACUGUUUCCAUAAAAACAAA